AUGGCCGACUAUAACACUGAGCUGCAGGCAAAGCUGCAGGAGCUGGAUCAUGAACUAGAAGAAGGAGACAUCACGAAAAAGGGCUACGAAAAGCGGCGGACACUGCUCUUGUCUCAGUACUUCGGAGGAUCAGAGGGGGAGCGAGCGACAACAAGUCCUGGCAUACGAGACUACGACCAAGACACAUAUUCGUCUAAUGAUGGCUCUCGCGCCGCAUCCUACGCUGCACUCAGUGGCCAGCAGCCGGUUACCCAGUAUUCUCCCGCAGGUUCGCGACCACAUUCACCUCAUCUCAUGGCAGGAGCCGGUAGUGUCGCGUCGAGCGAAGGCUACUCGGGCUCUGCCUCCGGCACAAUGGUGAAUCCUCCAAGCCAGGUUGCAAGAUUCCAGGAGAGAGAGUUGGGAGCAGUAUCGCCCAUCCGCCGGCGACCAUCUCCUUACGAUCGGGAGUACUCUUCACGACCACGGACACCCGACUCGUACGGAUACUCUCGCGAAGGCACGAUGGUGGGUACAGAUACAAGCUACAACCCUGCAGCGCAGCGUGGAUAUGGCGCACAGUCGGGCGGAUACAAUUCACCGGGAUCAGGCGGCGCCAGCAGGCUUAGCACCAUGCUCGACUCCCAGCAAGGCUACUUCUCCGACUUCGCGGGCCAGCAGAUGCAGGAGCAGCAGCAGCAGCGGGAUAGCUAUGGCGGCCCAAACCGCUACUCCUCCGACCACGCCUUCUCACCCACUGCGGGUAUGCCGCCUCCGAUGCUUGCUACACACGAUCUUCCCGGCGCGCAGGUUGUCGAGUGUCAGCUUCCUCUGGAACCGCGGGACGUGCCUUUUGCCGUAUAUGACCCUCACAAUGGCAACGUUCCAAUGUCCAAGUUUGACAACAUCGGUGCUGUCCUACGGCAUCGCGGAAAGCAGAACGCAAGGCAACCCGCUUACUGGGUGCUGGAUCCCAAAGGGAAAGAGACCGCUUCGAUAACAUGGGAAAAACUAGCAAGCAGGGCGGAAAAGGUCGCGCAAGUCAUCAGGGACAAGAGUAAUCUGUACAGAGGCGAUCGGGUUGCACUAGUGUACCGUGACUCCGAGAUUAUCGACUUUGCCGUUGCCUUGAUGGGCUGCUUCAUAGCCGGCGUUGUAGCCGUACCUAUGAACAGCGUGGACGAUUACCAGAAGCUUAGUCUGCUAUUGAUUACAACACAGGCUCACUUGGCGCUGACGACCGACAACAAUCUCAAAGCCUUCCAUAGAGACAUUAGCGCACAGCGGCUCAAAUGGCCGACAGGUGUGGAGUGGUGGAAGACAAACGAGUUUGGGAGCUAUCAUCCGAAGAAGAAAGGCGAGGAGCCUCCGUUGCAGGUUCCGGACCUAGCGUAUAUUGAGUUCUCACGUGCGCCUACCGGAGACUUGCGAGGCGUGGUCUUGAGCCAUCGAACAAUCAUGCAUCAGAUGGCCUGCCUCAGUGCCAUCAUAUCCACUAUACCUACGGGCGAUCUCACGGAUAACUUUCCAGUCGGUCUGCGAGACAAAAAUGGCAACCUCAUCGCUGGAGGACCAUACUCUCACCAGAGAGGAGAGAUCAUUCUUAGCUACCUUGACCCGCGCGAGGGUGCAGGCAUGAUACUGGGGAUCCUCCUUGGUGUCUAUGGCGGUCACACCACAGUCUGGUUAGAGUCACGAUCCGUUGAAACGCCCGGUUUGUACGCACACCUCAUCUCAAAGUACAAGACAACCGUCAUGGUAGCCGAUUACCCUGGCCUAAAAAGAGCAGCGUACAACUAUCAGGCAGAUCCAAUGGCAACCAGGAAUUUCAAGAAGAACACCGAGCCCAACUUCGCUUCGGUCAAGAUAUGCAUGAUAGCCACCCUGACUGUGGACAGCGAGUUCCACGAGAUCCUGGGCGAUCGGUGGCUGCGGCCCAUGCGGAACCCUCGCGCGCGCGAGCUCAUAGCGCCCAUGUUAUGCCUUCCGGAGCACGGCGGCAUGAUCAUCUCCGUCCGCGACUGGCUCGGUGGCGAAGAGCGCAUGGGAUGUCCGCUGAGCGAGGAGGAUGAAGCCAAGCCGGUACAAGAAGCAAAAAUUGACGAGACCAUCUCGAAUGGCUAUACCAGCUUAAUCGGCGGCGGCACGACGAAGAAGACAAGCCAGAAGAAGAGCAGGACUGAGCUGAGCGAGGUGCUGCUGGAUAAGGAAGCGCUCAAGACGAACGAAGUCGUGGUACUCGCGAUGGGCGAGGAGGCGAGGAAGAGAGCCAACGAGCCUGGCACGCUCAGAGUUGGGGCGUUCGGUUAUCCCAUCCCAGAUGCCACCAUGGCGUUGGUGGACCCGGAGACGAACCUGCUCUGCUCACCGUACUCCAUCGGAGAGUUGUGGGUUGACUCGCCCUCGCUGUCUGGAGGGUUCUGGGCGCUGCCCAAACACACGGAAAGCAUCUUCCACGCGCGACCAUACCGGUUCAUGCCGGGGAGCCCUACACCUGUUCUCGUGGAACCGGAGUUCCUGCGAACUGGCUUGCUGGGUUGUAUCAUUGAAGGCAAGGUCUUUGUUCUCGGUCUGUACGAGGACAGGAUACGGCAGCGGGUCGAGUGGGUGGAGCAUGGAGUCCAAGAGGCGGAACAUCGUUAUUUCUUCGUGCAGCAUCUUGUUACUAGUAUUAUGAAGACUGUGCCGAAGAUGUAUGAUUGCUCCGCAUUUGACGCGCACGUCAACGGGGAAUAUCUACCGAUCAUCUUGAUUGAAACACAGGCUGCUUCGACAGCACCUACGAAUCCAGGAGGCCCGCCGAGCCAGCUCGACAUUCCCUUUCUGGACUCACUGUCUGAAAGAGUGAUGGAAGUCUUAUAUAAUGAGCAUCACCUCAGGGUCUACUGCGUGAUGAUCACAGCGCCAAACACCCUACCAAGGGUCGUCAAGAGCGGCCGGCGGGAAAUAGGCAACAUGCUUUGCCGCAAGGAAUUCGACAAUGGAUCUCUGCCCUGUGUCCACGUCAAGUUUGGCGUCGAACGAGCAGUGCAGAACCUUCCAGUCGGCGACGAUCCUGCCGGCGGGAUAUGGUCGCCUCUCUCAACACAGUCACGGCAAGAGAUGCUAAUGAUGCAGGACAAGCAGUACUCCGGCGUGGAUUACCGGGAAGUCGUCAUCGACGACCGGACUUCGGAACCCCUGAAUCGCUUCACGAAUAUUCACGACCUCAUGCAGUGGCGCGUAUCCCGGCAAGCCGAAGAGCUCUCUUACUGCACGAUAGACGGCAGAGGCAGAGAAGGCAAAGGCGUCAACUGGAGGAAGUUCGAUCUCAAGGUCGCCGCCGUUGCCAUGUACCUCAAGAACAAAGCCAAAGUACAGCCUGGAGACCAUCUGCUGCUGAUGUACACCCACUCAGAGGACUUUGUCUUCGCCGUCCACGCCUGCUUCUGCCUAGGAGCCAUUGCAAUACCGAUGGCCCCAAUUGACCAAAACCGGCUGAACGAAGACUCCCCCGCUCUCCUUCACAUGAUCGCCGACUUCAAGAUCAAAGCCCUCCUCGUCAACGCUGACGUUGACCAUCUCCUCAAACAGAAGCCUAUAUCCUCGCAUCUCAAACAAUCCGCCCUCAUCCUCAAGCUCCACCUACCGAACACCUACAACACCACUAAACCGAGCAAACAAUCCUCCGGUUGCCGCGAGCUCGGCCUCACCAUCCGCCCCGCGUGGGUCCAGCCAGGCUUCCCCGUUCUGAUCUGGACAUACUGGACGCCUGAUCAACGCCGCAUCGCCGUGCAACUAGGCCACGACACCAUCAUGGCGCUGUGCAAAGUGCAGAAGGAAACAUGCCAGAUGACCUCCACGCGCCCCGUUCUCGGCUGCGUCCGCAGCACUAUCGGCCUAGGCUUCAUUCACACCUGCCUGAUGGGCAUCUUCCUCGCCGCGCCCACCUACCUCGUAUCUCCCGUCGAUUUUGCUCAGAAUCCUAAUAUCCUCUUUCAAACCCUCUCGCGCUACAAGAUCAAGGACACGUACGCUACGAGCCAGAUGCUGGACCACGGCAUGGCGCACGCAGCCGGUAAGGCGACGGCCCUGCACGAGCUCAAGAACCUCAUGAUCGCGACCGACGGCCGGCCGCGCGUGGACGUGUACCAGAAAGUGCGGCUGCACUUCGCGGGCGCCGGCCUCGACCGCACAGCCAUCAACACCAUAUACUCCCAUGUGCUGAACCCAAUGGUCGCAUCGCGCAGCUACAUGUGCAUCGAGCCUAUCGAGCUCUGGCUCGACAUGAACGCGCUGCGGCGAGGGCUCGUCCUCCCCGUGGAUCCGGACACAGACCCCCUGGCGCUGCUAGUACAGGACUCAGGCAUGGUGCCCGUAUCAACCCAAAUCGCAAUCGUUAAUCCGGAAACCAAUCGACUGUGCCUAAACGGCGAGUACGGCGAGAUCUGGGUGCAGAGCGAGGCGAACGCGUACGCCUUCUACGGCAGCCGCGAUCUCUUCGACGCCGAGCGCUUCAACGGACGCACCGUGGAUGGCGACCCGCACGUACGGUAUGUGCGCACCGGGGAUCUGGGUUUCCUGCAUAACGUCGCCCGCCCCAUCGGCCCCGGAGGCCAGCAGGUCGAGAUGCAAUGCCUCUUCGUCCUCGGCAACAUCGGCGAAACCUUCGAGGUCAACGGCCUCAGCCACUUCCCCAUGGACAUCGAGGCCAGCAUUGAGCGCUGCCACCGCAACAUCGUACCAGGCGGAUGUGCGGUGUUUCAGGCUGGCGGGCUGGUUGUGGUGUUGGUUGAGUGCUUCCGGAAGAGCUACCUCGCGAGCAUCGUCCCUGUCAUCGUGAACGCGGUGCUGAAUGAACACCACCUCGUCGUGGAUAUCGUGGCGUUUGUCUCCAAGGGCGAUUUCCCGAGAUCCAGACUUGGCGAGAAACAGCGCGGCAAGAUCCUCGCGAGCUGGGUGACGCGGAAAAUGCGCACGAUCGCGCAAUUCGGCAUCCGUGACCCCGAUGGGCCGGACGCAGGGAUCGAGGAGCAGCCCGAGGAAGCGGCCUUCGCGAGCUCCGCGUCAGGGACCGGAAUAGGGUUGGCGAAGGGUGCUCCCAGCCUCGAGAGAGUCGAGAGCGGGACCCCACUACAGCUCGAGCUGCCACGGCUACAGACCCCGACACAGCUGGAUGCCCACCUACCAGACAUCCUUGUCCCCGCAACUGGCAUGGCGGAGAUGCCUACACAGCGCUACUCGGAUGAGAUGGCUCGCUCUUUGGAGCUGGUACCGAGUCCACGACGCAGCGACGAGACGCCCAGGUUGGAGAAGUUGCAGGUUCUGGGUGGGCCGGGGCCGGAGUCGAACACGGCAACCCAGCAGGGCUUUGUGAACUACUCCCCCGUCGACAUGGCUGGCGCAUUUGACAGCGGCGAUCCAAGCCCAGAGGAGAAGGAGCGGUACAACUCACCCACCUCACAACCCGCAGGCGUAGGCGGAGGCUCAGGACUCCUCCCCAGCACAAAAACUUCCUGGCUUGCCGGCCCUUCGCUCACGCCCUCGGCGUACACCGAAUCGCAGGGACCACAUCUAGCCUUUGGCGACGCGUACUACAGACUCGACCUGCCGGGUGUAACUGGGCUCCCCUCUUCUGAGGCGGACUGGAACGUGCUGCCCAGCCAGCAACAGUACGGAGGUGGCGGUGGCGGCGGCGGGCUCAGAGUCGCGAAUCCGGCGGCCGAGGAGGAGGAGUGGCCUCGUGAGGCGAUCAUGCAUAUGAAUCUUGCAGGGCGUGCGCCGGGGAGGCGGUGA